AGUGGAGCUGAGGUACGCAUUCAUGAUUGGUCGCGGCUACGGCCUUGGGGGCGGGGCCCGGCGCCGGAGGUGCCGGGGGAGGAGGCUGCCGUGGGGGCCGGCUCGGAGUGGGAUUCGGCCCACGGCGCUGACCGAGUGCUGGACCGGCGGCCGACGGGCACCCUGGUCUGCGCGCACCGCUGCUCCGGGUCACCCCGGCCGAGGCGCUGGCUGCGGGAGAUCUCAGGGAGGGCUCGGGCUGCCGGGCUGGGCGCCAUGUCCAUGGAGGACCCCUUCUUUGUGGUGAAAGGAGAGGUACAGAAAGCAGUCAACACUGCCCAAGGGUUGUUUCAGAGAUGGACGGAGCUCCUGCAGGGCCCCUCUGCAGCAACAAGGGAAGAAAUCGACUGGACCACCAACGAGCUGAGGAACAACCUCCGAAGCAUUGAGUGGGAUCUGGAGGACCUGGAUGAGACCAUCAGCAUAGUUGAAGCAAAUCCUAGGAAAUUCAACCUGGAUGCAACGGAAUUGAGCAUAAGAAAAGCCUUCAUCACAAGUACUCGGCAAAUUGUCAGGGACAUGAAGGAUCAGAUGUCAGCUUCGUCUGUGCAGGCACUGGCUGAAAGGAAAAACAGACAGGCGCUUCUAGGAGACAGCAGCCAGACCUGGAACACUGGAGUGACGGAUCGAUACGGGCGCCUUGAUCGAGAGCUGCAGCUGGCCAACUCCCAUUUCAUUGAGGAGCAGCAGGCACAGCAGCAGUUGAUUGUGGAACAGCAGGAUGAGCAGUUGGAGCUGGUCUCUGGCAGCAUCGGGGUGCUGAAGAACAUGUCCCAGCGCAUCGGAGGGGAGCUGGAAGAACAGGCAGUCAUGCUGGAUGACUUCUCUCAUGAGCUGGAGAGCACUCAGUCUCGACUGGACAGUGUGAUGAAGAAACUUGCGAAAGUGUCUCACAUGACCAGUGAUCGGCGCCAGUGGUGUGCCAUAGCCAUCCUCUGCGCAAUCCUGUUGGUCGUGCUGAUCCUCUUCCUGGUGCUGUGAUGUCGGCCCUCCUCAGGCCUUUCUGCACUCGGACCCAGGGGAGAGGAGGAAGAAGCACUCCGCCACUCACGUUCCUCUCCCCACACACCUCUGCCCCUUCCUCUGUGUGACUCCACCACCGAGACAGCCUCUCUCCAGCGCUGGAGGGGCAAGGGUGGAAGAGGGAAGAGGUGACCGCACUCCCGGCUGGAGAGGAGACGCCCCGCUGCCCGGUGGUUCUGAGGACAGCUCGCCACUGCUUGGCCUUCCUGGCCUCGCUCCUUGAGGAAGGCUGAGUCCCCAGAAGAAAGGACAGCCCCACCUACUCUGUCGCUCAUCCUCUGCCCUCUGGCAGCCUUCCUUCUGCUCAGACCCUCUCCCUGCUUAGAUGGGUGGGUGCCGCUGCCCCUUCAAAAGACGCCUGGCAAGGACGAGGGCGUUUGGGGAUGGACGUUUCCCACUGCUGUUGUAUUUCUUAGCCCCUGAGAGCUGGCCGUUGAUGAGGACGCAAGGCUCAGAAACACUUUGUGACAGAAAUGCAGUGUUUCAUUUUGCUGGGUAAGAGCUGAGAUGAAAUUGCUUUUCCAGAUGUGUUUGUGGCAGGGCUAAGUCCCUGGAGGGUUGGGGGUGCUGACGACAAAUGGCUGUAAUGGACAGGAGCAGUUGAGGGCAGCAGCCCCUGUGUUGGUGCAGCUUAAUGAGAGGCUGGCAAUGUCUCCAGAGGCCAGGCCGGACCUGCUGACCGUCUGUCCCAGGGAUUUCUCCCCAGAGGUGCGGGGGCAUUGUGAGUGCCCCUCCACACAGCGUUGAACAGCCUAGCAGUUCUCAGUUGGUGGGACAUGCCUUCUCCUCAGCUGCCUUUACUCCAGUGGCACUCAGAGUGAGGUGGAGGGCUCAGACAUUUAUUACAUUUAUGUAGACACUGUCCUGAUGCAAAAAGACUGCUUCUGAACCAGACGUCCCUUACUCUGUGAGUAAUAGCGUGGGUGGGUAAGAGAACUUGAUACUUGGUUCUCUAAGAAGCACCUUGACGCCAUCGUGCAUUUGACUAGCCAGCCAGUCCAGCUCCACUGACAGAUGGUGGAUUGGGUUGAAGAAACAGAAGUGAUGACACUAAGCUUCAGGCUUCAGGUGACGUUUUAGACACUUCAGAUGUACGCGCAUGUAGAGGAUUUUAUAACAUCCCUCCCUGAUGCAUACAUAACCUGGUGUUAGAGUUGCUGUCAGGCCCAGAGCCGGCCUUUCACCAAGGAGCUGCCGCUCGGUCGUCUCUGUGCUGCCAAGAGCGGCAUCUGGACAGACUUUGACCUUUGACCUCCCUUGCUUUGCCUUUCUGUGCAUUCCUUAGCACGCCAACUUAAAAAAAAUAUCCUGGGUUGUUCAUAUUCUUUGGGAUUUUGAUUUUUGGAUCCCUUUUGGUUUUGUUAUUCCCAGUGAUGUGCUUGCCCAGCUAACUUUUAAAUUGCACUUUUAAAUAAACAUUUGUAACAGUUUGUACAAGAAGGCUAUUUUAACUCGUUUAGGAUUAUGAUAGGUAAGGAAUCUACCUGUUGGUGAAAGCUAAAAGAUUUGUAAAACCAAGAGGGUCGUCAGCACCAUGUUUACAUCCAGCUCUGGUGUUUGAUAGAGAGACGUUAUUUCUUUUCAGAUUAGGGGAAAAUGUGAAUAUUACAAAGGGCUUCAAUGUAGGCUUCUGUGUUAUUUAUAUUUCACGGAAUUUUAAGGUUUUGAAUAGUCUUCUGUGAACUUAGACCAUGGAUAGUCCUUAGAUUUGCAUUAAAAGAUAGAAGCCUUUUGUUAAAAAUCAAUGUGGGCCUUGUCUGAGUACUGUAACCCACACUCCACAUUACAAAGCCGUGAGCAGUCAAAGAAUUAAAAUUACCCUGCUUAAAGCCAUGUUCUUCUGCUCUUAGAAGAGUGUCAGACCCAUUCAGAAAUGUCCACUCUUUAGGAAGAUUCCCCAUCAGUUCAGGGAUGAAGUUCCGUGAUUCGGGGCUUAGUUUGGUUGGCUCUACUUUGGACUGGCGUGUUGACCUCACUGGUUUAUUUGCUGAACAGUGCUGUAGACCUGAAACAGGCUGGAGCUGAGCGUGGAGUAUGUAGAAAGAAGGUCAACUUGAUAUGCAGGUCUUCCCUUCCUGGGCCACAUCCUCCCACAGCAGCUGACUUAGUCCAGGCCCAUCCUUUAGUGCCCGGGCAGUCACUGCAGAGCCAGGGCUCCUGUGAAAUUGUGGCAAAGAGAGCAAGGACAUAGCUUUCUUUCUUCGUGACCCAGAGAGCCGAAGGGUUCUUCCAGCAUGUGUCCUCGAACAGGGAAGUGGGCAGCAGGGUGCCCACACUGCUCAGGAGUGUCUCUUGCAGAUGCCCCCCACUCCCCAGCCUUCUGCACGUGGUCUUUCAUCCAUCACGUUUAAAGAACUGGCAGAAUAUGCUGGAUAACAGAGAGAGCUCAGUGUGUUUACUGGUGUUUACUUUACUUUAACUGAUUGGGGGUGAGAUGGAGGAUGAUCCAUUGAGAGCAUUUGCCAGAGUGCAGACCCAACUGGAAAACCAGGAUACCUUUAGUUCUCAGCCCACGUUUCAGGUCCUGUCUUUGUUGGGAAAUCACAAUGCUAUCUAUGCUCUGGACUGGGAGGCAAAGGGAAUUGUCGUGUAUGUCUGAGCAUGCGUGUUGUAUUUUCUUCCAUUUCAGAAUUCACGCUAGAGCUGAAGCAGGGAAAUUUGGUAACUUGCCCAUUAUUCUCUGCUUUUAGCCAGAGUUAAACAGACUGGUGGGUCUGGUAGCCAACAACUUGGCAACUCCCAUGCCUUCUCACCUCGUGCGAAUAAGGGCUGUGAAGAGAAAUCCAGUCUGAUCCAGCAGGAGUCUGUCUCCAUCGAGUGUUUUACCUUCUGUAAGGGAAGGUGCUGCAGCCAAGGUUUUCCCUUUGGAAAUUUUUCUGCCCACAGAGGGAGACCAGAGGGGCAUUCGUAGCGUCUGCAGAUCCGGAGCUCCAGGGAGGAAUGAGUUCACCUCUGUGGACUCAGUGAGGUUUGGCUUCACCCUAGGCCACAAGGUGAAUUUGUCAGCAGAGCAGGCAUGGAGGGUCUGGAAAGUGGGGUGUCAGAUGGGGAGUAUGGAACCUGUCACUCCCCUCUGCCUUUCUCUCGAUGAAUAGCCUUCUCUCCCCAAUGGUAGGAAUGACGGGUUUCUGUUUAUUUUUCUAAAGUGUACUUUGUCCGUCAAAACCAGAAUUCCCAAAUGUAUCAGCUCUCCAUCGCUGGGCCUGCCCCCCACAGUCACUUCCUGAAGAGAAGACACACUAACAAGAGGCCUUCCUAGGCCACUGGAGACCCAGCCAUACGAUCCUCUCUGGACCCUCGCUUCCGAGGGGGCGUGGUAAGACACGAGGUGGUCCGUCUGAAAUGUCCAGCUGUCUGUACUCAACUCCCAACCUCCAAAAUCCAUGCUGAGCCUGAAGGUGGUCUCACCCUUGAGAGUACAGCAGUGGGGACUGGUGAAAUGGUGAGGGCACCUGCUGCCAAGCCAGGCGACCUGGCUUUGACCCCAGAACCCACCUGGUGGGAGGAGAGAGCCGACUCCCACAGGUUGUCUUCUGACCUCUACAUCCGUGCUACGUUGUGGGUGUGCGCACGUGCACAAUAAAUAGGUACAUAAACGGACACUGUUUUAAAAGGAAAAAAGAUGACAGUGGUCUGUUGUAUAUGAAUGUGGAUGCCGCUGUCAUCCACUUCUUACUAAAGCUCACUGGGCAGCUUUGCUCUCUGGUUUUGAAUCCAGGAAAGUGUGAGUUGGGAGUGAAAGAGCUCCUGUGUCCUGAGCAGCAGGGCUGCGACCCAGGACAAAAUGAAGCUGUGAAAGAGCCACCUCUGCCAUACCGUCUUCACUUUCGACUGUGGGACAGGAGGCAGGGUGCCAUCGGAAGAUGAAGAGCCAUUGCCGCAGGGCUUAGCCAUUGGGAGCCCGGGGCCUUUUAGGACAAGUCAAGGCACUGUAGGCUGGCCUUGGUAACAAACUCAGACCAAUGUUAACUUGUACUCAACUCCUCGCCAUGGUGUGUUUUGCCUUGGGACAAACGCUGAAGCCAAGCGUUGCAUCGUGCCUGUUCAGGUGGCUGCUGGCUGGCUGCAUUUGGAGGUUCUCCAUAUGUCACAGUCAGCUGUCAGGGCAGGGUGAGAAAGGAGGAGAAAAGCCCGUGUGCGUGCGUGCGUGCGCAUGUGUGCACAUGCAUGCCUGUGUCCCUGAUGUCAGCUAACAUGUUGGUGCUAUUCUUCUGACCUAAAUCUGGAAAUGCUCUUCCCCUAGCUGUGCAUACUAGCUGCUCAGGUACCCACUGCUGGGGUUUCACAGGAACAUUUCAUGGACCUGGUUUGCCAACUGCAGCCAGAGCUUUAUGAGAAAGUGUAUUUUGCAGUUUGUUUUCUUAUGGUAAUGAAUUAUCUACUGAAAGGCCACUUGGUCCUCGGGGGCUGUUAGAAAUAAGACCACCCAGCUUCAGUGUUUGCUGACCAGAUAUCUGGGCCCUGCCCCCUUGCCCUGAUGGAAGCCAACCCCCAACUCCACCUCCACCCCACACCCCACCCCUCCAUCUAAGCUUUCAUGAGCCUUGGGGUGGGACCAAGAGCAGACUUUUCAUUCCAGCUCUGCUGAAUGUAGAUUCAGCUGGAAUCAAUUUGUGAACAGCAAGUGUGACCCUGAAGCUGAGCUCUGUCCCGGGAGAAGCAGGUGUCUUUAUUCCCCGGGAAAGCAGAGUGCUUGUGCCCUGGUCGUCUUGGGUGAGGGCAGCCAGCGUCCUCUGAUGAGACUUCGGAGUUGCUUUUUUAUUUUGUUCUGCUUUUUUCUCUUUUUGCUGUUGGCAUGGCUUGGGAUUGAACCCAGGACCUCGCAUAUCCACCGAGUCACAUCCCAGCUUUGGAAAGUGUUUUUGGCUCCCUCUGACUUUUUCCUAAUUGGCCCUGGCUGGGCUCAGCCCUCAUCAUGCGAGCAGCUAUGAGGGCCAUCUAGGAAAAAGCCAAAGGAACCCUGUAGAUGAUGGUAGCUUUGAGUUUUACAAGUGGAAGUAGCUUCCCCGGCUCACUGUAAUCAGAGAUUGGUACCAUUCAGAACUAGAAUGUGUGAGUGACAAAAUAGUGGGGUAUAAACCCUUAUAUAUUUUUCCAAGGAUAAUAGCUUUACUGGGUUUUAACUUUACAUAAUAGGAUGUACACGGUGGUAUGGGGUCAGGAUCAGAACUUUACCUGGUAUUGUCCAGGUUGUGCUUCCCUACAACAUGGUAAGAGGGAGCCAGAUCCCUAGGACUAGAGUUUUGUCUCCUCUGCCACAGGUAGAUUUAUGUGGUGGCUCUCCCCGAUUCAGAAGCUUGUUAGAGCCGGGCAGUGGUGGCACAUGUCUUUAAUCCCAGCACUUGGGAGGCAGAGGCAGUUGGAUCUCUGUGAGUUUGUGGCCUGCCUGGUCUACAGAGUGAGUUCCAGGACAGCUAGAGAAGCUUUGUCUCAAAAAACAAAACAAAAGAGCUUAUUAGAGGUGCAUUUUCUGUGGAUCAUUAGGUCUGGAGAUGAGGCCGGCACCGUUCCCCCCACCCCACCCCACCCCAGGCUCCAGUGUAUGCAUUGAGGACCAUUGCUGGUGCAUUGUGGACCUCUAUCUACAGGGAAACAUUCCUCAAAGAAUCAUCCCUGCUUUGAUAAUCCUUUGGUAAUCCUACAUUUUGAUGACAUCACACACUUGAAAACUUGUAAAACAUACUUGUGUAAAAUAACGAGCCACCCCUAACAGGAUGUUUUUAUUCUUGAAGUCCGUUGCUCACAUUCAUACUUCUGCUCUUGAGGUGGCGUUGUAGCCAUGUGAAAGAAUUCUGUAUUAAAGCGAGAUGGAGAGACCAGA